UCUGGCACAUUUUCGUACACCACCACCAGGAACAUGUCUCGCGUUCUCGUAACAGGAGCUUCUGGCUUCGUGGCUAUGCAUAUUGUCAAAGAGCUAGUCGAGUCAGGUAAAUAUAUCGUUCGGGGAACCGUACGAAGCCUUGCAAACGAGAAGAAGGUUAAGCCAUUGAAAGAUCUUUGUCCGGAAAACGCGAAAUACCCGCUGGAAUUAGUCGAGGCAGACUUGCUGAAGAAAGAAACGUGGCCAGAGUGAGUAGUCUGAGGAUAUAAAGUGUGCACCUUAUGGGAUGAUCUUUAUAUAAAACAGGAAAAAUUCUGGGUUUGAAGAUAUAUACCGGCUGCUGCCUAGUUCAACAAUUUGUUGAUAUGAUAUUGAUACCAAUUACGCCUUCUUAAUAUAUGCUAUGGAACUUAUCGUUAGCCAAGACAAUUUUUUCAAAAGGCAAAAUCAUAGCUUCCUUUUCAACAAAUUUGUCUCCCAAGCAUUUUAUUAAAUGCUACAAAUAUGAAAAAUAAACUUUGAAACACAGCUAGGCUAAUAGUUUACAAAACCCACAGUUACAAUCCGUACCAAUUAAAGUUUGUCCAUCCGUGCCUUUAUUUGUAUUUGGUAUGUUAUCUAGGUUAUCUAUACCUUCUUUAAAUAUUUAGAUGGGCAUUUUUUGGUUUCACUCAAUUUUAUGUCAGUUCCUACUGUUAAAAGUUUGAUAAUUCUUCUGAUGCAGCCAGCUAUUUUUUUACCAUAGCUGCAUUAUCAGGCUUAAUGCAGGUACAGUACCUAUAUUUUAUUAGCACAGUCAGAUGCUAUGUUACAGUUUUAAAACUUGUACGGAAAACAAUGCUUAUGCAAAAUUUUUGGGGCCAAACAAGGUGUGUUAGGGACAAUGCGAAAGUAGCAAUUCCAAAGCUUUGGGCUGAUGAACAGACGAGCAAUUUUGUCCAUCAGUUAUUGUAAAAUGUGGCUUUAUUGGUCAUUUUAUUAACAGUGCGGUUAAAGACUGUACCUUUGUUAUUCAUGUGGCAUCCCCUUUCCCUAUGGAAGAUCCAAAAGACGAGAUGGAGGUGAUAGGUCCUGCUGUGGAAGGAACGCGGAAUGUGCUUGAGGCCUGCGCAAAGACGAAGGGAGAGGUCAAAAGAGUUGUACUGACAAGUUCUUGUGCCGCAAUUAUUGGUAAAAGCGUAGUAGUCCUUAGCCUGAGAAAGACGUCCGACAUUUUGCAACGACCACUUGCAUGGUUUCCCCGCGAAAUGACGUCAGAGAAACGAGCGCGGAAAUUCCAUACUGAUGACGCGUCACUACUCAGAUCCGGGUAGUUCUUCUGAUUGGUUGUUAAUUUGCUUCAGCCAAUCAGAAGCAUCUACCCAGGUCUGGGUAGUGACUAAUCAUCAGUAUGGAUUCUCCGAGUCAGACGUCAUUUCAGUCGGGGAAACUGGGAAACCAGUGGUGGCGUCGAGGAAUGUCGGCUGUUUUCUCAGGGUAGUUGUCCUUCUCCAUUGCGUCGUGACAAAUCGUAAAAACAGAACUUUAUCUUUACAGGCACAUGACGUUAUCUUUCAAGAUUUUGUUUUCUUAUGCACAUUAGGCCUAUUGUCUUUUUAACGACGCUGGGUUGACUAAAUUUUUAUGAAAAUUGUAAUUAGUAAGCUAACAAAAUAUCAAGUUUCAGUUGGUAAUCAUCGUGGAUAUGAUAUGGUCUAUAAAGUCAAGAUAAUGCAGAAAAGCAUCAGCAAUAUCAAAAAGAAUUACUGCUAAAGACGAAACUCAAGGCUGAUGUGACGACUAAAAAUGAUAAUUAAAUUCUUGCCGAAUGAUUUCUUUUUGAGAAAACUUUCUGUUAGGGGAUGCAAAAAGCUAAGUAAAAAUCGAGAUGUAAAGUGGCAUAAAUGAAAAGGAAACUGAGUGUUUAAUUUAAUGAGAUGUAUGUGUUUGCUUGAAGCUGGUAGAUUCUCAGAGGAUCACUUCUUUACCGAGAAAGACUGGUCAUUAGAAAAGGAGGGCACCGUUUAUGAGAAGAGCAAGCGCCGCGCUGAGAAAGCAGCUUGGGAACUGGUGAAGAAUUUGCCAGGUAUCGAAUACUCCGUUUUUGAUAUUAAGGGUGCGUUCGAUUGGGAAAUCCGGAUUUAAAUCCGGAUUUCCCAAUCGAACCGGAUUUCACCUCCUAGAAAUCCGUCCUCAGGGUGGAUUUCAAUUAAGAAAUCCAAAUCCGGAUUUCAUGGAUUUCCUUUUUACCGUUCGAUUGGGAAAUCCGUAAAAGGAUGUGCAAAACUAUUCUCGUGAACAGUGGUCUUCUUUUUGCUAUGUAUGCGUGCGCGCGCGAGACCGCUGUUCUUAAGGACAGUUUUUCAUAUCCUUUUUCGGGUUUCCCAAUCAAACGGUAAAAAUGAAAAUCCAAAUCAGAUAUCUCAGCGUUGAAAUCCGUUUUCGGAUUUCGCGUUCGAUAGCAAAUCCGAAAUCCGGUUUUUAAAAUCUAAAUCCAGAUUUACCAGUCGAACGCACCCUGAGUAUCUACGGGAAGUAAUGAUUAAAUAACUGUGAUUGGACGUUCGAUAUGUGUAACUUCAUUAUCAAGAACGUCGUCGGAGACGUGGGGGUAGCUCAGUCACCGACACUGCAAAAUAUACGCCGGCGAAAUCAUUGCAGGCAAAACUGAGUUUAAAGAAGAAUAAGGUAUAGGCCAAACGUCGAACUUUUCUUGAGACCAACCAAACCCUAAUUUGGGUCGACCUAAAUUAGGUUAAGAUCGUCUCUUGGGCCAGAUGUCGAGCUUAGGACGCGUCGAACCAAUCAACUUAAUCAGACCAAAAUUAAAAGCAAUUUUGGCCGGUCAGUAUAGUAAUCAAUUUCUCCAGAAAGACGCUAAAUACACAUUAUCAUACAAAGUUUCAAUUUAUUAGUUAAGUUCGUCGCAUGUGACUCGACGUUUGUCCCGGAGACGAUCUUCAGACGUUCUAUCCGUCUGAAGCAGGCGGAUAGAACCUGUAGGACGAUCCAAACUCCUUCAGACGAACUUAACUGAGCCAGUUAAUUAACUUAACUCACUAAGUAUGUUGAGUAUGAUCGCCCCGGUGAACGUAGUCCUAAAUAGGACUGUUGUUGUUGACAGUGAGUGACGUUUCUACAACGUGUGCGGUAGCAAGAGAGAAUGAGCUGAUCAUUCUCUCAUGGCGGUAGUCAUCUUCAGAGUCAAACUGAGUUGUAUCACGUCAGUUGAUGGUAUUAAAAUCUGGUUACUGACCUGAUUGGUCAAUUAAGUCGCGAUGUUGUUAGUGGUGUGUCAGUUACGCCGUGAUGUUAUUGGCUUUGAAGACUUGUAAUGUCAUAGGUGCGUUUCGAUCCUUUUGUUGUCACAGUAUAAACAGUCGUUUAUUGUUUAUUGUAGUCAAAUUGUCAGUUGUCCUAUCGUUCUCUCGCAGUUAGUUUUGCUUGAUUCGGUCAAUAAGUCUUUUGUACGGUGCCGCCGGGUAAGUGAUGACUACGACUCAGUGGCGCUUGUUUUAGCUUUGGUUCGUCUCAUGAAAAGUUAAGGCCUAAGAAGGACUUUAGGCACAUAAGAGACCAUUUCUGAGUUGUACAAGGUUCUGUUUUAAAGCGAGGCUAAGUGCGAAGCUAUCGCUAUGAAAAUGAUUUUUUAAUCUCAUGCAACUAAUACUUAUUUUCAUAUGCAAGGUUUUGUACCUAGCCACGUUUUGAAAGUGAGAAUUUUUGGAACUCGGAAUUGGCGUAUUACUGAACCAGUUCUAAAAGUAUUGGGAUAUUAUAAACUCAUAAGCAUACACCGAAUGCUCCUCGUAAAUGCUCCUCGUAUUGAUUCGAUAAAAUGGGCUUUUUUCUUGUUCUUCGUUUAAACAUUUCAAUACUUUCGCCCUUAAAUACUGACCAAGAGCCAUGAAGGCUCUUGAUACUGACCUCAUUCCAAUUAGCUACCCUGUGCGUCUUUGAGGAUAUAUCAAGAACAAAUCAGUUCGCUGUAAAUGACACAGUUGUAAAAAGAGUCAUAUGUCCCUCAAUAACUAGGAGGUAUUGCUCUGUUGCAUUCUGUAACAACUGUCAGAAUUGUAUCAAAUUUCCCUUAUAAACAACAUGAGAGAGAUUUAAGUGGCCCUUUUGGGACGUUAUUCUCAGCCCUCACGAUGCACCUGUUCCUUUUUCUUCCAUUAAAAUCUCCAUUCAUUCACUGACUUAUCCAUUCUCCUUCUAGAUGAUGAAAAAUUUGAGCUGUGUUGUAUCAAUCCAGGAUUGAUUCUUGGACCAGUGUUGCACGGAUCUUCUUGCACAAGUAUCGAGGUACUUGUAUUUCAAUAUAUUUGAAGGCAAAGGCAAAUCUGAAGGUGGUCGAGGGUUGGGCCUCGUUAAGAGAAUAACGAUUAACAAUGUAAGACAUAUAAAUGUCCCUGAAGUGGAAACGCCAGGUCUGAAGUAGGGAUAGACUCGAAACAACUUGGUAAAGAACCAUAAAAAAAGCAAUGGCGGAUUCAGACCCUUAGAUAAAAGGGGGGCCCGGUCUCAAAAAAAUUUCUUUUCAGCCCUUCGGGUCUCAGUUUCGUGUAAAUAAAGGGGGGCCGAGCCCCCUCGGCUUCUUCCCUGGAUCCGCCACUGAAAUGUAUGACUGAAGUGGACUUAGCCGAGUGUUCCCUGGAUGUGAAAGGAGGCUUUAUGAGGCUACGUUCACAUGGCGGGGGACGAAUUUUCGACCGGCAAAAAAAAUUUGACAGGACACUUCGUUCACAGGGGGGCCAUGAGAUAUUUUCUCUCUGUUCUCGCGGAAUUUUGAACGGUAGGCGUCUAAAUAUUCGUCGGCUUCAGGUAGUUCCGUAUUAACGGAAUACCUAAACGCAUGAAUUUUCAGCCGAUAGAAAAUUCAUGUAGCCCAUUGGAGAGAAAGGCUAAAACUCGGGCAAAGUUGAAUGAACUGAAUUUGGUCUUAUCAUAAUAAUGCACCUAUCAAUGUAAUGCCGGCGGGGGGGGAGGCAGGGCAUAGGGUGGGGAUUUGACUUUUUUCAAAAAUUUGCAAUCAAAUUCCCUGCCCACGGGCAAAUCAUUCCAGUCAAAUCCAACCAAAUUUCCCCACCCCAGGCUGCACAUUGCUGUCAAUCCCAAGGCAGAACCUAAGAAAGGCACAAUAAAAAUAUCUCCAAAUAAAACUCUGCAAUCUUUUAUAAACGUUUCUGCAUCACUAAAGAUAUAUGUUCCUGUUACAGCUGCAAUUAUACGUUUUAACCAUAAUCCGUGUUACACUGCGUAGAAUACAUAAACCUUUAAGAGAAAGUCCACAUUUUGUAAGUCUAAAUAUACCGUUCUUAGUAAAGGGUAAAAAGAAAGUCAGUUUUAUAAGUUUACAGUGAUUGUAGCGAAUGAGCCAUACACUAAUCAAUUGUACUUGCAAAAAUCGACUUGGUUUCUCUUCCGUUUACUUUGAUACCACAGUAUAUUUAGUUAAGAGGUUCAAUUGAUCAAAAACACGCUAAAACAAACGAAAUUUGAAGACAAAACAGUGAAAUCCACUCAGCCUUCGCUUGUUCUCAUUGGCCUCCAUGACUUCCUGAUCUUUUCAAACCGUAUGGCGCAUGGGUGAAGCGUGGAAGCGGGAAACAUAUGUUCGGUCUCAGUCUUUUUCGUCCGAGUCCGCAGUCAAAUAUCUCCAUGUCGGGUGAAGAAAGAUUCAAAUAUCCCCUCCCCCGGGAGAACAAGAUCAGUCAAAUGCCCUACCCCAGGGACAACAAAGACAGUCAAAUCCCCACCCCAUGCCCUGCCUCCCCCCCCGCCGGCAUUACAUUGAUAGGUGCAUAAACCACUCAUAAUGUUAUGAUGGUGAUGAUUUUUAAAAAUAUAUCUUUCUUUUUUCAGUUUGUGCGGAGUAUGCUUGAACGUGUAGUGCCAUAUGUGAUUAAGAUGUCAUUGCCAAUAAGUGACGUCAGAGAUGUGGCUGCAGCACAUAUCACAGCUAUGACGUCUCCUAAAGCGUCUGGUAAGCAAACAACCUCAUUCCCAGGACCUCUCUAUUACUAAGCAGAGGGAGGAACCUGGGCAUGAGGCUCGUAAGUAAAAUGUAUCACUACAAUGGGUUAUUUCCCAGUUGUUCCAAGCCUCUGUUUCAAAGCGAACAUUAUUUUUUGUCUUUUUUCUUGUCACAGGCAAUAGAUAUAUUACCAUAACAGGCUGCUGGUGGUUCGAGGAAGUAGCGAAAGUUCUUGAUGAGGAAUUUCGACCUCUUGGUAAGUUCAGUCUUAGGAAAGGGAGAAGCCACCUUUUUCGAACUUCCGAUAAUUCAAAUCAAAACUGAACUUACUUCUCUGUCACACGCUCGAAUUUGUUUUUUUUUUUACCUUGGUUUUUCGAACCUCCCGUAUUUCCACUGUAUUUAUUUAAAUUUGUUUUUCCGCAGUUCUCAUCAUCUUCAAUCUAACUUCAUUCCUUUCUCCGGUUAAAAUGAACUAGAACAAUUGACCUGCUCUUACUGUUUGGGUCUUCAGUAGCUCAGCUGAUAGAGCACUGCAGCUCUAACACAGGGACCAAUGAUUAAAAUCCCGUUGAAGCCCAAUUAUUGUUCGGAUUUGCAAUGGCUUAAAUUGCUAUUGCAUCUGCGACGUUCAUAUCUUCAUUAAAAAAUUCUUUUGAUGUCAAGGGAAAGUUGCCUUUUGAUUUUUUAAUUUACACUUCCAAGGAAAACUUGUCAUAACGCAAACUUGCUCGGGGGAAUGAGAUUUUAGCUAUAUCAGUGCGGGUUUUCAAUUGAGCGUCAAAUGAAAUUUCGUGAAAGGGUCUCUCGCUUUUCUCGCGUGGGGUGAUUUUCACUUGCUGUGCUGCUUCGCUCUCUCUAGCUAUCCCUGAGGAAAAAUGCGGACUACUAGUAGUCUCAACCCAACUUUGAUGUCAUUUAUCAUCUCUUUCAAGGCUAUGAUGUGCCAAGUGAGAUAAAGGUAGUGGACCCCAGCAUUCAAAAUAAAUUAAAGAUGGACAGUUCAAAGGUAUGUGCAUGCUUAGUAAAUAAAAAUUAGCAAUCAUACAUGCUAACUGGUUCCUGCAUGUGAGUUUGAUAGUUACCUCAGUGGAUUGUUUAAAUGAAAUACCCAGAGCAUGAUGGAAAUUUUUAGAAGGCAAAGGCUAUACGCAGGCCUUUAUUGGUGACUUUGUAGAGUACACAAAUCUUCACCUUCAUCCAAAAGCAUUAGAGGAAGCUUCCCGAUUUCCUUUAUCAUACAAUAAAUUCUUCUUUUACUAUCCAAUAUUGAACGAGGGAUGGGGGUAAAAAUUGAUCGUUUUUUUGUUUGUUUUUGGCUGUCUUCCCAACUACAUCUUCAGUUCUUCGCCUCUUGUAUGAUAAGACCGGGAGGCUACUUGGGUUAAUUUUUGCUGGGUACGUGUCGCUGGCCUCUCAGAGCCCCUACCCCAUUAUAGCAUUAUAGCCUAUUCUGAGGCCAAUUAUAGACCCCAUCUUAGUCACUUUUGGGCAAAUAUGUAAUUUUCUCGAUCCUAACUUAGUCACUUUCUAUUUUUAUGAAUUGGGCCAUUUCUUAAAUUGAAUGAAGAACUCUUUACUUUUCAUCUACAGCACAAACAUUCUGGUACGUUUGCUAACCAUAAAUAUGAAGAACGGUCUUACGCCCAAAAAUUCGAUUUUGUGCGACCCCAUUCCAGUAACUCUAUUGAAAAUGCGACCCCAUUAUAGUCAAUCCAGUCAUCAAAAUGCGACCCCACCCAGCGGCACAUCCCCAUUAGCCACUUAUAAGGAAGUAACCCCCCCCGGAUAAUAAGUAAUCCUUGACAGAAUUACAUUCUGGAUUCCAUGUUGUGGAUUUUGGAUUCCAGGAACUGAAUUUCGGAUUCGUGGUCAAUGGAUCUUGGAUUCCGGUUUUCAAUCGUUUUUUAUAGCAGGUUUUGGAAGUUAAAGAUUCCAAAGCCCUGGUUUCCGCAUUCCGGAUUCUACUGACAAGAAAAAAUUACUUGGAUUUUGAAAGGGGGGGGGGCGGUCUCCAAGAAAAUUUUUUGCGUCCUUUUGGACCUCAGUUUGGCCUAAGAAUAAGAGGGGGCGGACUCCCCGGACCCCUCCCCUGGAUCCGUCACUGCACGGGACGAAGUCCUGCUUUUGAUUGAGAUAAAACGGAGCAUUAUAGUAUACCCCUCAGGGAACUGCCCAUCUAUCCCUCCCCUAAGCCAACAUUAACACUUGCUUCUCACUUAGGGCAUGUUGGCUUAGGGGAGGGGUAGGUGGGCAGUUUUCCAGAAACGUAUAUUGAAUCGAAAAAACUGACAGUGCUCAACACAUUUCCUAAAGCUUUGUCUAACUUGUCUUCCCUUUUAGAUACAAGCUGACCAAGGUUUCAAGCCCACAGAUUUAAAGACCACUAUAUUAGAAAUGGCAUACAACCUGAUUGAUGCAGGUUUUGUAAAAAAGACCCAAAAAUUCGAGGAAAUCAAAGGAAAGUUGACAGUAAAAUCAACAAAAAAGUGCUGUUAG